UAACCGUGAGGGAUAGCGCCUGUGCGCUCCGUUACGUUGCAGUCUGAGGUGCAGCCUGACUCAAGGCAAGAGUAACGGAGCAGAACCGCUGUCUGGUUCCGGGAGAUGAGAGCCACGAAGAGCAGUGUUUUGACGGCGGCAUUUUGCUUUUCACUACAUCAUCAAAACCGCUCUCGGUCUCCUUCGCAGCAGAACUGCGGCUCUCUCCAACUAUGGAUUGCUUAACUGAAGUUGGGCCACCUGAUCCUGUUUGCGCCAGGGCAUCCCCGUGAUAUUUAGCGAAAGGAAAGAAGUCGUUAUGAGCAAUUGUGAAAGCGGAGGAUUUCCUGCGCAGAGGCAACAAUUUCAUCCCGAGGACACAAGAUUUUCAUUGUGCGUAACGGACAUCGAUGCAACGGAGCUGUUUGCAACUAAACGUAAUGUUCUAGCAGUUACAGAGAGACUCCUUAGUGUAGAGAGUUUUGUUUGUGAUCGCUUUUAUUUCUCUCUUGUGCGUGCAAACUGAUUACGCAUCACUGUUUUAGCUGCUCCGCGGUUGGGAUCUGGAACUCUGAUUAACUGUGAAGCUUUUGAACUUUUCUCUGCAACUAUUAUUAUUUUUAAAGCUGCACCCAUGGCUUUGCCGGACAGUGGCAUAUCUGGAGAGGAGAUCCCUUUCCCAGAAAUAAUAGAGCUCAAUGUUGGCGGCCAGGUGUACAUAACGCGCUACUCUACCCUCACCAGUGUGCCAGACUCUCUGCUGUGGGAGAUGUUCAGUCAGAAGUCAACCAAAGGGCUGGCCAGGGACACCAAGGGGCGUUUUUUUGUGGACCGCGAUGGUUUCCUAUUCCGCUACAUCUUGGACUACAUGCGGGACCAGCAACUGGUUCUCCCGGACCACUUCCCGGAGCGCGGGCGUCUGCAGAGGGAGGCUGAGUUUUUCAACCUGCCGGAGCUCGUCAAGCUGCUGGCACCCAAAAUCAGCAAGCAGAACUCGUUGGGGGACGAGGGGUGUCCGAGCGACCCGGAGGACUCCUCACCCGGGAUCGACUCAGCGCGCAGCCUGGGCUCCCUAGGGGCCGCGGCGGCCGCCUGCGCCAGCCUGGUACCCGGUGCCAUGGACGGAAAGCGCUCAGGGUUCAUCACUAUCGGUUACCGGGGGUCGUACACUCUUGGUCGCGACAGCCACACCGAUGCCAAGUUCCGUCGGGUGGCACGGAUCAUGGUGUGUGGGAAGACCUCCCUGGCCAAGGAGGUGUUCGGAGAGACCCUAAACGAGAGCCGUGACCCGGAUCGCCCCCCAGAGCGCUACACCUCCCGCUACUAUCUGAAGUUCACCUUUUUGGAGCAGGCCUUUGACAAGUUGGCAGAUGCAGGCUUUCACAUGGUGGCCUGCAACUCCACAGGAACCUGCGCCUUUGCCCAUGAACAGACGGACGACAAGAUCUGGACCAGCUACACUGAAUAUGUGUUCUACCGUGAGUGAGAUUAAAGCUUUAUUCCCCUGGCCCCCUUCACCCUGUCUCCAAGAGACCACCCCCCUCUCCUCCAGCCUCCAGCCAUCCUGUCUUACCUCUGAUGGCUUUGUUCCAGUAGAUGUACUGUAGAUGUUGUGUCCCCCUCCCAGCCCCAUUUUUCUUUGCAGCCUCCAGCUUUUAUCCUUUGAACACUACCCAGCUGCUGCUCCGACUCUUCAUACCCCCCUCUGCAAGUCCAGUUUGAAGCUUUCCCUUUCAACCCCAAAUGCACCCUGGUCAUCCUCAAGUCCAGCCUUGCCCUCUCUUCUGUCGCCCGUCCGUCUAGUUGCAGUUCCCCCAAAACACAGCCACAGCAAUCCAUCACCCCUCUCCGCUGAGACUGAUCUCUUCAUCCAUCCAUCCAUUUUCUGUACACCUUGUCCCUCAGAGGGAUUGGGAGGGGUGCUGGUGUCUAUCUCCAGCUACCGUUCCGGGUGAGAGGCGGGGUUCACCCUGGACAGGUCGCCAGUGUGUCGCAGAGAGACUGAUACCUUCUAUGUAUUAUUCUCCUUUGUAUCCUAAACAUAAAUAUCUACUAAAUUUGCCCUGGUGAAGCACAAUACUUUAUUUUCCUAAAAACAUAGCCAGAGUGUUUCUGUGUGGCUAUUAAACUCAGUCAUAAAGGUAUAAAGAAAAGGGCUGAAAGAGUUGUAGUAAAGUACUAAGCUACUCUUCCCCUGCUUACUCAAGCAGAUCGGACUCUCUCCAGCUCCUCUGAACUAAAUUACCAAAUAAUUGGACAUCUUAUCAGCCUUGAGGGACAUGAGCAGCCCCAGCACAAGAUAGAAGUGUAAUCUAAUUUCCUUCAAUUUUUAUUUUUUAUUUUUCACUUUAUUCUAUUACAUGUGUUCAGUACCAUGUGGUUUGGGAAUGUGCCAUAGUUAACCUGUGCGGUUGUUGUUUUAAAAUGGAUGAGGUUGCUACAGUAUUGCGGACUGGGGGAAAAAAAAAUGCAGCCAACCUGUUUUGAAAGAAGGGAAAAUAGAAAGCUGACUGUGUGUGGAGUUUCUAUUUCAGAAAGAAGCUGGUUAUGUGGCCAAUAUAUGAGCACAAAACCUGCAUGGUGAGGCUUAAGCAUCAAAAGAUUUUCUAGUGAGAUAAAAUAGUAAUUUAAAAAAAAAGAUUUACUGAUUUAUUGAUAGAGUGGAAAGAAAUGUAUGUUGCUUUGUUUGUUGUUUGCUUUACUUUUAUGUUAAAACAUUAAAAAGUUUUUUUUCAUACUACAAGUCAUUUCUUGUGAAAGGCCUGCUUCCUGUUGUAGUCACCACAGCUGGCCACGUUUUGAGUAAAAAAACAAACAAACAAAAAAAUCAUUAAUAUUAUUCUCAAUAAGUGAUUCCGUAUUGGAAGGUUCUGUGUAUUUGUUGAUAAUGCUCACUUACUGUAAACGAAUAGCCAGCAGAGAGGGUAGGAUUACCCUGUCUGCAGGCUAAGCCAAUUGUCUUCUCACGACUGAAGCAAAGGUUGCUGUAAAUACAGCUGCUAUCAACGGACAAAAGGAUAGUUCUGAAAUUUUUACUGGGGCUCUGUUAAAAUGUCUUCAACAUAUUUCUCAAGGCAGACUUGUACGGUCUUAAAACAACACAACCUCAGAAAUGUACUAGCUGUUUAUCCAAACUCUAUUUUAUGAACCUUUAAACAUUGGUCGGUUAUUUACUAAGAAGCCGAUGGUUAUUUACGCUGGAAAAAUUAGUUGGAGGUUGUGUACCAUCAAUGGUCUUUCUGCUUGAAACGCACACAGAACAUUUAAAGUGUUUUGGAUCGAAAUAAAAGUGAAUCCGUGUUAAAAUUAAAAAUAGGACUUUAUGUGAACACUAUUUUCUACACUGUCUUACUCUUCAAGUCAGACAGCUGGUCUGACUUGAAGCACUUUGCAUGCUCCAGUCUCAGUAUGCAGAAGAAAAUUGGCACUUUAUCCACCUCAAUUUCUGGUGUAAUUAGUUUUCUGCUUCUUUAUUAAACAAUCAUGUACAGCAAAGGUGAUGCUGGUUUAAAGGUUCAAAAAACAGCUUACACGUAAUCCGUGAACACAUUUUAAAAACUGGAGUUAUUUUAAGGAGGAAGGAGUCCAUUUUGGACUUGGCCUCUUUCAGAUUAGCCUGGAGUUUUAG